CCGCCCUCUUCCGGGUCUGCUCGGCUUUCGAAUGUUUGGGCGCGAAUUGCUCUGAGCGCGGAGGUCCGGAGGAUGCUGUAUGAUUUAUAAAUUUUUUUUUGGAGGCACUGUUAUAAUUGUUUUGUUUUCAUCAAGAUGCCUGGCAAAGCAAAUACUUCCAAGAAAAAAUCUCAACAGUUAAAAAAAAAUGUAAAACGGAAAACUCAUGAUGAAGAAAUGGAUUUCUUAGAGAAAGAGGUUAGAAACACAAAGAAAAGAAAUAAAAAGCAUCUGUCUUCUGAAGAAACAGGACAGACAGACCAUACUAAUCUAAAACAGGUAAAGAUAGCACCUAACAGGAGAAAAACCUGGCAGCCUUUUCCAAAGAGUACUAGAGAGCAUUUGCAAACCAUGAUGGAACCAGUAAUUAUAGAAAUUUUGAGUACCCAUAGUAAAACACAUGACCAAAUUCACUAUCAUCUUAACUGCCUGAAGACAAGAUUGCUCCAACUGUGUGAAACCCUGCAAGUCCCUCCCCAAAAGGUAAAAGAUUUAACUAAUGUGUCAAAUCUACUGAAAAUGGAAAGAACACAGCACAAAGCUAAUGAAGAAGGUCUGGCAUUGUUGCAGGAAGAAAUAGAUAAAAUAGUGGAGACCAUAGAGUCAAUGACUGGAAGUAUUGAGAGCCUAAAGAACAAAAUUGAAAUUCUGACAAGUCAGGUAGAAGAAGAGGAGGAGAAACUGAAGCAGGUGCUUCAAAUAGAUAGCAAAGGGGAACUCUCUCUUCCAGAACUUUCUCAAAAGAGUCUCAAAGCACCCACACUUCAGGAAGAAAUUUUGGCAUUAAUUCCAAACAAGAAUGCUCUUCUGAACGACUUGGAUGUUCUCCACAAUUCAUCCCAGAUGAAGAACAUGUUCAUUUUCUUCGAAGAAACCUAUAAGAGAUUGGAUGAGAUAGUAACUUAAUUUUUAUGAAUUUGUAAAACUGCUAACCAGUGAUAUGAUAAACCGAGCCUUCCUCAGGAUUUUUUGUAUCCUAAUAUGCACUUUAAAAUUGGCCACUAUAGAUCUACCGUUAGCAUCUGAUGACAUCCUGAAAAUUAUUUUUAACAAUUUCCAAGUCUAGGAUCUCACAUUUGUCUUGCUCUACUUACAAUUAUCUGCCUGAAACCAUAAAUAAUGAAAGCCACAAUCUCAUGGCAUAUGAUGACUGAAUAGAGCACUUAUUAAUGGAAAAAUGAUACUGACGAUAUGUAAAGUAUAUGUAGUACCUAGUACAUAAAAAUGAUAACUAUUUACUAUCAUUCUUUAGCUGAAGAUUUGCAUUUUCUGUCUGGUGAUGUAGAAUAUGAAAAAUCCCCAAAUACCUUUUCUUUUUUAUAUAACUCCAUAGACUUUUUGUGGCAUUAUUAAAAUAUCCCUGGUGUCUUCAUUAUUGGAGUUGGCAUAGACAUUUUAUUGCUUUGGUUGGGAAAUGAUGAAUAGAUGCUGACUGUUUUCCAUUGCCGUCAAAGCAUAUCUUUAUUAAAAAGGAAUCUAAGCACAUUUAUUCCCUUAAAAGUCAAAAAUAAAACCCUUUUUUCUAAACCUUCCUGAAUGUAUAUACAUGUGAAUGCAUUAUUACUUAAGUAUAUUAAAAGUCAUUUUCA